GACUUGGCCUGCGCCAUUUCCUUCCCAAAGCCCAUAUUAAAGAACGCCGGGUCCGCAGAGCCGAGUGCCCCCGUUGACUAGGCUCCUGCUCAGAGUUGGAGUCAUUUUCUCUGGACUGGCUGCUCCUCCUCGGAACAGGCCGCCAAGAGGGGCAGAAGGGGCCGAGUCGGCCGCAGGGGUUUCUGGGGCUUGUGGUCUCCGGGACCUGCUCCCUCACUUCCCCCCACGAGUGGAAGGCCCUGGGCGCUAGUAAGCGUUUCCCCGCCGGCUCUGGUGACCACCUGCUGGGCAGCACGUGGAACCCCGCCCCUGGGGAUGGCGCAGAGCGCCUGCUCCAGGGCUCCUGGGCCCGCUUGAGGGCGCCCUCCCCCGCUACAGGAACCCAUAAGGUAGGCGGGGCGGGCCCUGCACAGCUUUCCAGGACGCCCUCCUACCGCGCGAGGCCUGGCUUUCUGUGCCUGUGGACCACCCGUCCCUUUCACGUGCCCUGGGUUUGGACCUGAGCUCGCAAUAUUCGCAGGGACAAAAGCCAGGAUGGAUGUUCAAAAAUGGUAUUUGAGAACUUCAAAGCUGGCUCUGGCCUUGGCAAUUAUCCGCUCAAAACCAGCAGACAAAAGCAGCAGAGAAUACACAGAGCACCUUGCUAUGUUGCUAUCUGAGGAGGAGUCAAAAUGGAGAUCAAAAGUUGAAGUCUUGGAAGCUGAAGUUAUGCAAUUACGUCAAAAACUUCUUGUGAGCAGGCUUUGUUCAGGAUCCUUUAAGAGUGGAUACGUUUCCUCCCAGUUGGAGGCUCAGGAACCUAAGAGUUCUGAAAGUACAUUAACUUCGAUGGAAGAUUCUGGAUGUGAUUUGUCAAAUGAGCAGAGAACUGAAUCCUCAGACCUGUCCCAGCACUUUGUGGAAAGCUGUACCCCCACUCACUUUCCACCACUGCCUCUUGUGAAAAGACCUUGUGCUAUCCUGCAAAAUCCUUUGUCUUCUCACAUGCAAUUCUUGCAAUAUCUACUUGAAUUAAAGAAUUUGACAGAAUCAGGUAAUCUUAAAAGAGACUUAACCCACUUUGAAAAAGACUAUUCCACAGUCUCUGAUUCUGUUUUUCAAUUGCUGGACGGCCUGAUCACUUUUUACCGUAAUCCCAAACUUCCUUUUUCAAGAAUUUGGACAGAAGCUGCUGGUACUUUAGCUAGUCUGAUCAAUGACUAUAACUUAUCUAGUCAUAUUCUUAAAAAGUGUUCCAAGAAGUUGGAAGAAUUUGAGAAAACCCUACUACAUGCUAUUUUAGGAAACAAUCAUAUAAAUCAGUUUCAGGUGCAGCAUCAUGUCUCUCAGAGUCUGGUAACCCUGGGAAGUUGCAGCUUGUUGAGAAAAUCUAUUAUAUCUCUGCUUCUAUCAGAAGUAGAUGGCUUUGCCGAGAAUCUGGGAGCCAUCAAUCAGGAGCAAGCCAGUUAUGAUGUGUCACGCUAUGAAAACAUUUUUUACCUGUUCUGGGUUCUGGAGCAGCUUCUUCAAAAGGAAACCAAAGAAGGCAACACUUCAGGUAUAGGUCAUGAUGACCAAGAAAUCAAGAAAUUUCUUCAGAAGCAUGAUGAAACUAUUUUCCAACUUUCUGAUACAUUUCCUUUGUUUACUUUUUAUUUAUGGAGAGUGGGCAUUCUUUUGAACUCAGCACAGAUAGAAACUCUUAAAAAUAACUCCAUUCCUUAGCAAUUUACCACGUUUGAAGCAUAAUAAAGUAGAAUAUAUGAAAAUCUCAUAUUGAAAAGAUUUUCAAUAGUAUUUUAAUUCGCAUUUUAGAAUUGAUCUCUAAAUAUAAUUAUCAAUUCAACUUAAUGGUUAGUCUUAAAUUGUAUGAAAUUUUAUGAGUCAUAUUUCUAUACUAAAAUCAGCCAGUUUCAGUUGGUAAUGCCAUCCUUAUUCCCAUGUAACUGUAUUUUAUUUCACUUAAUAUGGUUUAGCUCUAUUAUUCUGUAAAAUGGACCAUUAAUUGUCUGUCGCAUCUCUUAAAAGAUAUUGAAGUUGUAAAAGAUUUCCAUGUAAUUGAUGCUAAAUGGUAAUCAAAGAGAUUUUUAAAGUUUAGUUGCAUUAUCAACACAAAGUGUUGGAAUAUAAGUGGUCAUAAAUGCAAUUUUAAAAACUUUUUCUUACAUAGUUGAACUUACAUCAUUGCUUUCAUCUUAGACAAGAAUCAUAUAGAAGCAGAAUUUUUUUAACCUUUGGAAACUUAAUUGCUUUUUAUUUCAUAUGGCUAAAACAUUGGUCGAGCUCUUUUGAAAAUACUAUUAGUUGUUUAAAAUGUUCUUUGUUUUUCAACAAAUACUUGUUUCAAUUCUGUUGAUUAAAUAUGUUAUAAUAGUUGUUAAAUAG